AUGGGGAGGAUUGGCAUCUCCUGCCUUUUCCCUGCUUCCUGGCAUUUUAGCAUCUCUCCAGUCGGGUGUCUUCGAAUCUUGAAUGCUAAUUUACGCCAAAUUAUUGUCAUCAGCAUCCUAGCUGUGACUGUUUCACUUCUAUACUUUUCUGUUGUCAUAAUCCGAAAUAAGUAUGGACGGUUAUCCAGAGAUAAGAAGUUUCAGAGGUACUUGGCACGAGUUACUGACAUCGAAGCAACAGACACCAAUAACCCUAAUGUGAACUAUGGCAUCGUGGUGGACUGUGGUAGCAGUGGGUCUCGGAUAUUUGUCUAUUGCUGGCCAAGGCAUAAUGGCAAUCCUCAUGAUCUUUUGGAUAUUAGACAAAUGAGGGAUAAAAACCGAAAGCCAGUGGUUAUGAAAAUAAAACCCGGCAUUUCAGAAUUUGCUACCUUUCCAGAGAAGGUCAGUGAUUACAUUUCUCCACUCUUAAACUUUGCUGCAGAGCAUGUGCCACGGGCCAAACACAAGGAGACGCCUCUCUACAUCCUCUGCACAGCCGGGAUGAGGAUCCUUCCUGAAAGUCAACAAAAAGCCAUCCUGGAAGACCUUCUGACUGACAUCCCUGUGCACUUUGACUUCCUGUUUUCUGACUCCCAUGCAGAAGUCAUUUCAGGGAAGCAAGAAGGUGUGUAUGCUUGGAUUGGCAUUAAUUUUGUCCUCGGACGAUUUGAACAUAUUGAAGAUGAUGAUGAAGCAGUUGUGGAGGUUAACAUUCCCGGUAGUGAAAGCAGUGAAGCCAUUAUCCGCAAGAGAACAGCGGGUAUUCUCGACAUGGGAGGCGUGUCGACUCAGAUCGCAUACGAAGUCCCCAAAACUGUAAGCUUUGCCUCCUCACAGCAGGAGGAAAUAGCCAAAAACUUAUUAGCUGAAUUUAACUUGGGAUGUGAUGUUCACCAAACUGAACAUGUAUACAGGGUCUAUGUGGCCACAUUUCUCGGAUUUGGUGGCAAUGCUGCUCGACAGCGAUACGAAGACAGAAUAUUUGCCAACACGGUUCAAAAGAAUAGGCUUCUGGGUAAACAGACUGGUCUAACUCCUGACGCUCCAUUCCUGGAUCCCUGCUUACCGCUAGACAUCAAGGAUGAAAUCCAACAAAAUGGACAGACCAUGUACCUUCGGGGAACAGGAGACUUUGACCUGUGUCGAGAAACUAUCCAGCCUUUCAUGAAUAAAACUAACGAGACACAGACUUCCCUCAAUGGGAUCUACCAGCCUCCAAUUCACUUCCAGAACAGUGAAUUCUAUGGCUUUUCUGAAUUCUACUAUUGCACUGAGGAUGUGUUACGAAUGGGAGGAGACUACAAUGCUGCUAAAUUUACUAAAGCUGCAAAGGAUUAUUGUGCAACAAAGUGGUCGAUCUUGCGGGAACGCUUUGACCGAGGACUCUAUGCCUCUCAUGCUGACCUCCAUAGGCUAAAGUAUCAGUGCUUCAAAUCUGCCUGGAUGUUCGAGGUGUUUCAUAGAGGAUUUUCAUUUCCUGUCAAUUAUAAAAAUUUAAAGACUGCCUUGCAAGUGUAUGACAAGGAGGUUCAGUGGACCCUCGGAGCAAUCCUUUACAGAACACGCUUUUUACCUUUAAGAGAUAUCCAGCAGGAGAUCUUCCGGGCCAGCCACACGCACUGGCGGGGCUUCUCCUUCGUCUACAAUCACUACCUGUUCUCUGGCUGCUUCUUGGUGGUCCUGCUGUCCAUCCUCCUCUACUUGCUCCGGCUCCGACGCAUUCACCGGCGGGUGCCCCGCAACAAUUCGGUUGCCACUCUCUGGAUGGAAGAAGGCCUUCCACCUCAGAAGAUUGCCGGUACCUUGUGAGCCUGGGAGUCAGCGAGCUCCGGAAGACUCUAAAGGAAAAGCCAUUUUUGCCUCAGGGUUUGUCUUUGUUCUCAUUUUCUUUUCUCCUUUCCUUGUUGGCUUCUUGAAACAAAAACAAAA